GCCCUGCAAGACUCUCUGCUGGGAAGGAAACUUGGAGCCAGAACUGCUGAAGGAAAGCAGAGAUGGAACUGAUCCCCAACUUUUCCACAGAAACCUGGGUGCUACUGGCUACCAGCCUGGUGCUCAUCUACAUCUUUGUCUGAUAUGGAGAUCACAGCCCAAUCCAGUUGUUUUCAUUUUUGCUGGCUAUGAAGUCACAAGCACAUCCAUUUCCUUCAUUAUGUAUACACUGGCCACCCAUCCUGAUGUGCAGAAGAAACUUCAGGAUGAGAUUGACAGAGUUCUGCCCAAUAAGGCACCUGUCACCUAUGAUGCCCUGAUGGACAUGGAGUACCUGGACAUGGUAGUGAAUGAAACUCUCAGAUUGUACCCGGCUGCCAGCAGGCUAGAGAGGGUCUGUAAGAAGGAUGUGGAAAUCAAUGGAGCGCUUAUUCCCAAAGGGAACUAUCCUCUUCAUCGGGAUCCCGAGUACUGGCCAGAGCCUGAGGACUUCCGCCCUGAAAGGUUCAGCAAGGAGAACAAGGGCAGCAUUGAUCCUUAUGUAUACAUGCCCUUUGGAAACGGACCCAGGAGCUGCCUUGGCAUGAGGUUUGCCCUCAUCAGCAUGAAACUGGCUGUCAUCAGUGUCCUGCAGAACUUCACCCUACAGCCUUGUAAAGAAACCCAGAUACCCCUGAAGUUAAGCAAGAAAACAAUUUUCCAACCAGAAAAACCGAUCAUCCUGAAAGUUGUGUCAAGAUAAAAUCACAAAUGAAGCAUGAAUUUCCCUCAAGAUUUCUGCUGUUCUUCAAGGGGGCUGUGCCACCCAACAUCAGAAAAUCUAAUUUGCUUGUGAAUGAAUCAGCUUAAUUUCCUUGAUGAUGAGGUGUUCAGAAGUUCAUUGAGCAUACUCAGUGUUUGUGCUGAGUAUCAUAUAUUGUGUGAUUUAAAGGAAAUGAGAGAUACGGCGAUUUUUCUUCGAUUCUAAGGGGACCAUCUCCUUUGAGCUCCAGUUUGCCAUUUGCAUAUCUGAGUGUAAU